AUGUCGUCUUCAGCAGACAUUCUCCGUGUUGCUAUUAUCGGCGGCGGCCCGGCUGGACUCGGCGCUGCAAUUGCCUUAUCAGCACUCCCAAACAUCAAAAUAGACCUGUACGAAAAGGCUCGCGAGCUACGAGAAGUCGGCGCAGGAAUCAACAUUGGAUACAAUUGCUGGAAGGUUCUUGAACUUCUCGGAGCUGCCGAGGAGGUGCGUGGCCAUUUACAGCAGAAUGUGAUUCAUCGAAAUGGAAUAUCCAGCGAAAUUAGGCGUGUCAGGCCUGCUCCCUCUUUGCCUCUCAAGUACCGGACGAUACGGGCGAGGAGAACAAGAUUACAGUCUGCUUUGAUAUCAAAGGUUCCCCAGGGAAUUAUACAGCUUAAUAAAAAAUUGGUUUCAAUUGAAGAUGCUGCAGCGCAAGGCGUUCGUCUUACUUUUGAGGAUGGGACUGAGACUGUAGCUGACCUACUCAUAGGCGGAGACGGAAUUCGAUCUGUGGUGAGAUUGUCGAUCUUCCCAGACCACGUUACAAGCUUCACGGGUACAACCAUUUGGCGGACUCUAGUUCCAGCAAAGUCUCUAUCUGAUAUCCCCGACUUGGUCCCAGAGACAUCCUGGUGGCACGGCCCUGCCGGUCAUUGCUAUUUCUCCCUGGUUGAUGAUCCAUCGGAAUUUUCAGACUCGAGCGCGCCAAAAUCCGAGCAAAUGCUUGAGGUUUCGUGUCGGUAUAUUAUAGACCCGGCUCUAGAUACGGAAAGGAGAUUUAGCUGGGGGAUCCCUGCGACAAAUGAGCGAGUCACCGCUCACUUUACGCAAUACGACCCCCGACCACGCAAUGCUCUGUCUCGCGUUCCAGAAGGAAAUUGGAAAGAAUUUUCUGCCUUUUCAGGCCCGAGGCUCGAGAAGCUUACUGGAUUGGGCAAAGUAGUGCUUCUAGGCGAUGCCAGUCACCCGCUAUCUGGGGCAUUUGGCUCCGGUGCCGCUUUUGCUUUGGAAGAUGGCUGGAUUCUCGCUCGAGCAAUAGAGUAUACUACUACGAGACCUCAACCAACCAUCCCCGGCGACGCACAGAUUACAAAGAUGCAGAAUAUCGCCGAUGCGCUGGAAAUCUUCAACGAAGUUCGUUCACCGUAUUACCACAGGAUGCACAACCACCUCGACAAUGAAAAGGCCAAAGUCCUCCAAACACAGACCAAAGCCAAAGCCCAAAGCAGCGAUCCGAUGUACGUUUUUGAGAGUGCGCUUGAAACGCGACUCGGGUCGUUUUCAAUCGGUGAUGAGAUGAAUUGGAUCUAUAGGAAUGAUAUUGAGCUUGUUUGGCAAAAUUAUGUCCAACGAGUACUGGAGCGCCCAGCCGUCUCUACUUUAUGA